AUGGGCUGGUUGGUGUUCCCUGUUGACUUACGACGGACGGAGAGACUAGCAUUUUCCCUGCCGCCCCAUCACCGGCAAGCCGCCCCAUCACCGGCAAGCCGCCCCAUCACCGGCAAGCCGCCCCAUCACUGGCAAGCCGCCCCAUCACCGGCAAGCCGCCCCAUCACCGGGAAGCCGCCCAUCACCGGGAAGCCGCCCCAUUACCGACACGCCGCCCCAUCACCGGAAAGCCGCCCCAUCACCGGAAAGCCGCUCCAUCACCGGGAAGCCGCCCCAUCACCGGAAAGCCGCCCCAUCACCGGAAAGCCGCCCCAUCACCGGAAAGCCGCCCCAUCACCGGGAAGCCGCCCCAUCACCGGUGAUCAAGAGCCGUCAAGUGAUCAAGAGCCGUCAAGUGAUCAAGAGCCGUCAAGUGAUCAAGAGCCGUCAAGUGAUCAAGAGCCGUCAAGUGAUCAAGAGCCGUCAAGUGAUCAAGAGCCGUCAAGUGAUCAAGGGCCGUCAAGUGAUCAAGAGUCGUCCAGUGAUCAAGGGCCGUCCAGUGAUCAAGGGUCGUCAAGUGAUCAAGAGCCGUCAAUUGAUCAAGAGCCGUCAAGUGAUCAAGAGCCGUCAAGUGAUCAAGAGCCGUCAAGUGAUCAAGGGCCGUCAAGUGAUCAAGAGCCGUCAAGUGAUCAAGAGCCGUCAAGUGAUCAAGAGCCGUCAAGUGAUCAAGAGCCGUCAAGUGAUCAAGGGUCGUCAAGUGAUCAAGAGCCGUCAAGUGAUCAAGAGCCGUCAAGUGAUCAAGAGUCGUCAAGAGCUUGA